GGCCGGGCGGCGGCCGGGCCGGCGGACGGCGGGAUGGGCUGCACCGUGAGUGCCGAGGACAAGGCGGCGGCUGAGCGCUCCAAGAUGAUCGACAAGAACCUGCGGGAAGACGGCGAGAAGGCGGCGCGGGAGGUGAAGUUGCUGCUUUUGGGUGCUGGGGAGUCAGGGAAGAGCACCAUUGUCAAGCAGAUGAAGAUCAUCCAUGAGGACGGCUACUCAGAGGAGGAAUGCCGGCAGUACCGGGCGGUCGUCUACAGCAACACGAUCCAGUCCAUCAUGGCCAUUGUCAAAGCCAUGGGCAAUCUGCAGAUUGACUUUGCCGACCCCUCCCGAGCGGACGAUGCCCGGCAGCUGUUUGCACUGUCCUGCACUGCUGAGGAGCAGGGUGUCCUCCCUGAGGAUCUGUCUGGGGUCAUCCGGAGGCUUUGGGCCGACCACGGUGUGCAGGCCUGCUUUGGCCGCUCUCGGGAGUACCAGCUCAACGACUCUGCGGCCUACUACCUGAAUGAUCUGGAGCGCAUCGCACAGAGCGACUACAUCCCCACGCAGCAGGAUGUGCUACGGACCCGUGUGAAGACCACGGGCAUCGUGGAGACUCACUUCACCUUCAAGGACCUCCACUUCAAGAUGUUCGAUGUGGGAGGCCAGCGGUCUGAGCGGAAGAAGUGGAUCCACUGCUUUGAGGGGGUCACUGCCAUCAUCUUCUGUGUAGCCUUGAGCGCCUAUGACCUGGUGCUAGCCGAGGACGAGGAGAUGAACCGCAUGCAUGAGAGCAUGAAGCUGUUUGACAGUAUCUGCAACAACAAGUGGUUCACAGACACGUCCAUCAUCCUCUUCCUCAACAAGAAGGACCUGUUUGAGGAGAAGAUCACACACAGCCCCCUGACCAUCUGCUUCCCCGAGUACACAGGGGCCAACAAGUACGACGAGGCAGCCAGCUACAUCCAGAGUAAGUUCGAGGACCUGAAUAAGCGCAAGGACACCAAGGAGAUCUACACGCACUUCACGUGCGCCACCGACACCAAGAACGUGCAGUUUGUGUUUGAUGCCGUCACCGACGUCAUCAUCAAGAACAACCUGAAGGACUGCGGCCUCUUCUGAGGGGCAGCGGGGCCUGGCAGGAUGGGCCACCGCCGACUCUGCUUCCCCCAGCUCCUGAGGAAGAUGGGGGCAAGAGGACCACGCUCUCUGCCUGUCCGUACCCCCCGCCCUGGCUGCUUUUCCCCUUUUCUUUCUCUGUUCUUGGCUCCCCUGUUCUCUCCCUCAGUUCCAGAGACUUGUGGGAGGAGCUGCCACAGGCCUCCCUGUUUGAAGCCGGCCCUUGUCCUAGGUGCCGGAAAUGGCCGCAGUACCCCCCUUCCUGGGCAUCUGUUCUGGUUUUAACCAUUGUCUUAUUCUGUGAUGGGGGAGGGGAGCACAUGCUGAGUCUCCCAAGGCCUGUGUCUGGAGGGGCACUCACUUCUCCAGCCUGGGACCCCUGGCUUCGCUCAACACCAGCCCGUGACCCAGCCCAAGUCCAGAUGUUUACAGGGAGCCUCCUGCCCAUCCCAGCCCUCCAGCCGCUUGGAGGCCCCAAAGGAAAAAGCACAAGAAGUGUGAGACACCACCAUUCCUGGAGACUACAGUCCACCUGCUCAUUCUAGUAGCUUUUUAAAAAAAUGAAAGUAAAGGAAAAAAAAAAAAAAAA